GGCAGCAGUGCUGUGCAGAAAGGAUUGUCGAUACAUCGAGUCAGACCCAGGCUGUCGGAAACGAUGGGGCGGGUAAAUGGGCUUGUGCCUUGCCGUUUUCUGACGUUGCUAGCUCACCUGGUGAUCGUUAUUACCAUCUUCUGGACCCGGGACAGCAACGUCCAGGCCAGUCUGACCCCCAAUUUCUCUAAAGAGGAGUAUGAUGAGGAGGACUAUUGGGGAAACUCUCGGACUCCUCUAUCCCUUCACAGGCUGGUCACUGCUCUCUGCAUUACGCUGGGCCUCUUUCUGAUAGAGCUGAUAGGUUUCUUUUCAGGUGUGACCAUGUUCCACAGCACACAGAGCCUCUUCUCUAUUGGGGUACACUGCUGCGCGGCGGUGUCCUUGGCCUUCUUCGUCUUUGAGCGUUGGGAGUGCUUCGCCUAUUGGUAUAUCUUCAUCUUCUGCAGUGUCCUCCCUGCUUUCACUGAAGUAGUAAUGAUGAUUUCUGUCUUCGCGUUAAAGAGAAAAUCUUUCUGACCAUCCUCCCACAAACAUGGGGCAGAAGACCUAGAGGACUUUGCAAUCGGCUGGCUUGGAGGGGAAAAAAAAAGUGUAAAGACUAUCAGCCACUAGCUUGAGGGGCUAUUGACAGUGUUCUUAUUCCUCUGAGGUUUGACAUAUCAACAUUGUCCAUUUUGUGAUAAAACCCAACUUUUGUACCAUAACCAAAGCUGGUGAAGCCAAUAAAAGGGGACAUUUGGGUUGCCCGUACACAGAAAGAGGGAAGAACUAGGAAAGAGGAAUGGGCCAGAUGGAAGUCUGGUGCUUUCCUGUCCACUCCAGAAUCUUUAAAUUACUUAUGUUCUUUUUUUGAUGAUUAUGGGCCAUCUCUCUAGAAGGAGUGCAAAGAAAGGGGUGAAGCUGAUUUAUACUAGCAUCAUCUUGUAGACAAUACACAAAUGAGGAUUUCUAAAGAGGCUGCUUACCCUUUAAAUUCUGGGGCAAAAAUGGAUGAAACAGUUCUUCAUAAUUUAGGGGCUUGGGGAAAGAGGUGGUUCAGAGUAUCACACCAAUGGGUAUAUCAAAGUUGGAAUGUCCUACCCUUGGCUCCUAGAAAAUAUUCUUUAUUAUUAACAAGGCAUGUCCCAAAUGGAUAUGAGCUAUCUCAUCUGUAAAAUGGGCAAUAUAUACUACUUGAGUUAGGUGUCAUGGUGAACAAAAAGAGCCUUGAACACUUGCUAGCUGUGUGACCCUGGAAAAGUCAUUUAACUUUUUUUAAGCCUCAGUUUCCUCAUCUAUAUAUAAAAUGGAGUUUUGAGGAAUUGGGCAGAUAGUAUCCUGUUUGAGUUGAGUUCCUUUUUUUAUAGUAUACCCCCAAAAUACACUCUUUCAAACAGGAUUGCAGGUGAGACAUGCCACUUUAGAAGGUAAGAGUAAAUGGCAUCCCUAGAAGAGAUUAACUGUAGCUGGAGAAAAGAUUAGUGUUUUUGCUUAGUACCUUAAACCAAUGAGAUGGUCAUAAGAAACAUUAAAUUGGAGUCUGAAUUUGUGUUCCAAUUCUGUUUCUUGCUAUCUUCUAGAUCUGGGGUAAAUCAUCAAUAUAGGCUCCUUGCCUCAUUUGGAGAAGAUAUUACUUAAGAUUACUUACAGUUUUAAAUUUCUGACUCUUGGGUUUGAUAUGAAAAUAAAUAUGAAGAAGAAGGUUAAAGCAUGGCAUUAUUCCCAGAAUGUUACAAAUAUUUUAAAAAAUAAAAGCAAAAA